ACGCGGUAGGUUCGAAAUCUUUCCACAGCACCAAAACCAACAGGUGCGAAACAGUCGAACAUAAUCAGUGCUGAAGAUACAUAAUCGAUCAUAUCUAAGGCGUAACGCUGCCAGUGAUGAACCAAUAUCACGCUCGUGUGUGAAAAUUCGCGUGAAAAUAUCCAACAUGAAGCAACUGCUAUUCAAUGCCUGUGCCUUCCUACUAUUUGUUCCGAUAUCUCCACUUAUCCUGCUGUUUUUCAUAACACUUCUUAUCUACCGUACUAUCGUGACAAAUUUGAUCAAACUUUUCCAUGGAUCACAUUUCCGCGGCUUUCUCGAAGGACUGGAUGCAAUAUGGAACGUGGAGAAGGGCAGCUCCCGAUCGAUGAUCAAUUUGAUGUUUUUCAUCGAAGCUCCCGUCGAAGGUGGGCACGAAAAAGUUCCCGCCAAAUUUCUGCACAGUGUUAGACAAACGAUAACGGAAAAAUUGAUGGGAACCUGUCGGCCCUAUCCGCGACUCUUUUGGACCCGUCGGCAGACGCUGGGAUAUUGCUACUGGACCGAUAGCUGCAAACUCGCGAUCGAAGAAUUCGUGCGAUUCAUGAACCCGAUCGGUACGGAUAGUGAAACGAAAUUCGUGCGAGAGGAAAAAUUACGGGUAGCGGUGGCAGAGAUGAGCAACCAACUUCUACCGGAUGGUCAUGCGGCGUGCUGGGAGCUGUUGAUCGGGACGGAACCUGUCGAGGGAAAAUCGAAGUACUCAGUGAGAUAUCCUGUUCUCCUGCGCCUACACCACACGGCCGGCGAUGGGAUGGCAAUUGUGCGACUCAUUCUGGACACCAUCACCGGAGAUCACAAGGCACUGGCGGCCCGUAUUUCAGCACAUAAUCCGCAGAAGCAAACCAACCAGCGUAGUUUGAAUUUUGUCCAACUUGUCAAAAUCCUGUUCAAUGGGCCGGCUUUCAUUCUUCGAAUGAUGUUUCAAAAAUCGGAGAAGAACUGCUUGAGUGGUGGAAGAAUCACCGACAAUAAGGUUGUUAGCUGGUGUCACGAGGCCGAACUAACCAGUGAGAAGAAAUCGAUAAUCGAAAUUGUGAAAAGUACAAAACAGCUGAUUCCCGAAGCUAGAUUCUCAGACAUUUUUCUUCUGGCGCUUGCAAGCAGCCUGCACAGGUACUUCGAAGCCAAGGGGGAACCGUACCAAAACGGAGUGGUUUCCGUGAUCGUACCAGGGCGGUCGGGAAGUGAAGCAAAAUCACUCAAAAUCAAGAACCGAUUCACAACUCGUCGCCAGAUGCUCCACAUCAGUCAAGGAAUCCAGCUUGAUGACCCAGAUAGACUAUCAAAAUUACGUCAACAGUUGUCGAUCCUGGCUCAAGGGUCUGCUUCGACGCGAUCGGCAUCAUCGCAUGCCGUGAUAUCAAUAUUUAUUUCAUCUCUGUCCAACAUUCUACCGAUUGCACUGCUUCGGCUACUGGUAUCCAGUUUCCGAGCCAACGUAGUCUUUUCGAUACUCCCGGAGAUCGGGAAGGUGAGCUUCCAAGAGCACGAGAUGGCCGGACCAACGCUGUUUCUUCCAAACACCGGCAACAUUUCCGUCUGUAUUGCAGCCGUCACUUUUGGAGACAAGGUGCAUCUGGGAAUACUGGCCGAUCGAUCAGUGAUUCCGUCCGCCAAUGAAGCCCAUUCUAUUUUGCAGGAGAUUGUCAAUGAAAUAGAACGGAUGGGAGUGGUGCUGGAGGAUGCGCCCAAGCAAACCACGGUACGGUUUGAGUAA